AUGCUAUUCGAGUACGUGGUUGGGGGCGAGUUGUUUUCGCAUCUGCGUAAGGCCGGUCGUUUUGAGAACACUGUGGCCAGGUUCUAUGUGGUGGAGAUUGUACUGGCGCUAGAGUACCUGCACCAACAGAAUAUCAUAUAUCGAGACCUCAAGCCGGAGAAUAUCCUCAUCGCCCAACACGGCCAUCUGAAGAUCACUGACUUUGGCUUUGCCAAACGUGUGACUGAUCGCACAUGGACACUCUGUGGCACACCUGAGUACCUUGCACCCGAAAUCAUCCAAAGCAAAGGCCACGGCAAGGCUGUCGACUGGUGGGCUCUGGGUGUGCUCACUUACGAGAUGCUGGCUGGGUAA